UGCCGGAAUUAAUUUUCUGGUUAUCCAAACAACAAUUUUCUUCUCUCGGGAAAUUUCCCCAAGAAAAUUAUUGACUUGGAAUCUUUCUUGGAGAGUCCUUGACGGACCUAACCCCAAUUAUUUUCCCGAUAAAAUUAACGAAACAGAUAGGUUUUUUUAGUGGCGAGAUUCGUCGUUACUCCUCUUCGAUUCAUCCGAGCGGCGUGGAUUUUCUCGGACUUUCCCCUCGAAGUUUCUAACCUGCCAUUUGUUUCAUUGCUCUAGCCUCAAUCAGGAGUUGAUAAUCGGGGUUUUGCUUAGGUUGAAAGCUGGUGUUUAUAUUAAAAAAGAAGUUCAUAUUUUGAUGAAAUGAAUGUGGUUGGGAAAGUUGGGAGUCUGAUUUCACAAGGUGUUUAUUCAGUUGCCACCCCCUUUCACCCCUUUGGUGGUGCUAUUGAUGUGAUCGUUGUUCAACAACAAGACGGUUCAUUCCGGAGCACGCCUUGGUAUGUUAGGUUUGGCAAAUUCCAGGGUGUUCUCAAAGUUGCCGAGAAAAUUGUCAAAAUAUCGGUAAAUGGAAUCGAAGCCGGUUUCCACAUGUAUCUUGAUAAUUCCGGGGAAGCAUAUUUUAUCAGGGAAGUUGAUUCUGGGAAAGAGAGUGGAUCCAAUGGAGUUCUCAAGGGUAACAAUGGUAAUGGAAAUAAUCAUGAGCCCUAUAGGCUUGAACAUAGUGUAUCUGAUUCCGGUGUUGAGCAAUUGAGGGAGGGUUUUGAAUCUUUGAACCAUCUCGAGAGGACAGAAUCUGAUGGUAACAGAAGGUAUUAUGACUUCCAAGACGAGCAGUCUCCUCCAAUGUCGGAAUAUGGAAGUGCUCGUUAUGAAAACCUAAACGUGGAAAACUAUGGAGAAUCACAAGGUUCUGAUUCUGAAGUGGUUUUGGUAAGUGUCGAUGGUCAUAUUCUAACAGCACCCGUUUCAACAGCUGAGUUGGAGGCUGAGAAUUUACGGUUAGAUACGCCUCAGUUCCAUCUUGCCCCCGGUGAUGGGACUGAGUUUUGUGAGGGUAAUACAGAAUUUGCUUCCUCUGAAACUCCGUGGACUACGACUGAUUAUAUUGGGAAAGUGGAGGCGUCUGAUGCUAAUGUUGAAUUUGAUAAUGCUUUUGACCCCCGCUUGCCCACCGAUAGCGAAAAAGUAUCUCAUGAUUCUGAAAGGGAAGAUGUUUUCAGGAGCUGUUUGGAGCUGACAGAACUUGCCCAACAUGGUCAAAAUCUUAAGUGUGAGGAACUUCCUCCUCCAUCUGUUGCAGAAAAUGAUAAAACUGCAGAUGGAGUGAUUGUUGAAAGAAGAGAUGAUUUUGGGUUGCUUCCUGCAAAUUGUUCUGAUUCUUCUUUUUCUCAUAUAACAACAGAACAUUUGCAUGGAGAUGAGGAACUUAUGAUAUCCAAUGAUCCUAAUACAGAUUCAGAAUGUAAGGAUGAACAACCAGGUACAUCUGCAGCAACUGUCUCCGUGGUUGAUUUCGAAGAAGGUGAGAUUAUGGAGUCAGAGCAUCAAGGUUCCGGGAGAUUCUCUACUGAGUCAACUGGUAAGGAUGAUGAACGGUUAAUUUCAUGUGAAAUGACUGGGGAGGAUGCUGGCUCUGUAGUUGAACACGGGGAAGAGAAGAUUCUAGAUUCACCGGCUGCAACAUCUGGUGAAGAGACACAACCCCAUGCGAGACAGCGAUUUGAGAUAUCACUGUGCAAGGAUGAACUUCAUCAGGGUAUGGGCCUUAGUGCUGCUGCUCGAGUCUUUGAUGCACAUCGGAUAUCCCUAGAUGAGUAUAAGCAUUCUGCAGUAUCAAUUCUUGAAAGCGAAAAUCUGGUUGUCAGGAUUGGAGAUAUGUAUUUACCAUGGAAGAAAGCUUCUCCAAUCGUACUCGGAAAAGCUGUGUUUGAUUUAGAUAUCGAAAUUCAGCCAGAUGAUGUGAUUUCUGUAGAGGAAAUUGAACUGACAAAAUCCAAAGAUGGCGAAAGUACCAACGCUUCUUCUUCUUCUUCCGGUAGAAGAUGGAGACUCUGGCCCAUUCCUUUUAGAAGGGUUAAAACAAUUGAGCAUACCGACAGUAAUUCCUCUAGUGAAGAGUUGUUUGUUGAUUCUGAGCCCGACAUAUCAGCUUCAGACAGUCACCAUGAGUCACCGCGCAAACAACUUGUCAGAACUAAUGUUCCUACCAGUGAACAGAUUGCAUCUCUGAAUCUGAAGGAUGGCCAGAACAUGAUAACUUUUAGUUUCUCUACCAGAGUUCUCGGAACACAACAGGUUGAUGCACAUAUUUACUUGUGGAAAUGGGAUGCCAAGAUUGUGAUUUCGGAUGUCGAUGGAACUAUAACUAAGUCUGAUGUGUUAGGUCAGUUCAUGCCUUUAGUUGGAAAAGAUUGGACACAAUCCGGUGUGGCCAAGCUUUUCUCAGCGAUAAAGGAGAACGGGUACCAGCUGCUGUUUCUGAGCGCACGUGCCAUUGUUCAGGCAUAUCUAACGAGAAGCUUCUUAGUCAAUCUGAAGCAGGACGGAAAAGCUCUUCCAAACGGCCCUGUAGUCAUCUCACCCGAUGGGUUAUUCCCAGCGUUGUACCGUGAAGUUAUUAGAAGAGCCCCUCACGAAUUCAAGAUUGCAUGUUUGGAGGACAUCAGGAAACUGUUCCCGACAGAUUACAACCCGUUCUAUGCUGGAUUCGGAAACAGAGACACAGACGAGCUGAGUUACAGGAAACUGGGAAUCCCAAAGGGCAAGGUCUUCAUAAUUAACCCCAAGGGAGAGGUAGCAACGGGCCAUCGCAUAGAUGUAAAGUCCUACACUUCGCUUCACACGCUUGUCAACGACAUGUUCCCUCCUACUUCACUCGUUGAGCAGGAAGAUUAUAACUCAUGGAACUUCUGGAAAACGCCAUUAGAAGAGGUGGAUUGAACUGAAGAUCUAUCUUGUCCUCCGAUACAAUGCCUUUGUGCCUCGCGACAAGUGUUUUCCGCUUUUUAAACAGAGCAGAUGACCGUUCUCCGAGCUGAAAUUUCUCGGCGGAUCUAUCGUUAACUGAUUCUGAUUCAUCCGCUGAAUCUUUUGUAAGCUUUUCUCAUCUUUUGUACACCAAAGCUAGAGACUUGUCUACUCAUUACACUACAUAAAAGGAAAGGGAAAGGUGUAGAACAGAAAUCCCAUUUCACCACAAUAUUGUACAAGACACGGAAUUGUACCGUUUUCUUUUACGUUAUACAGAGAAAUCCAAAACAGGAGAGGACCUCGUUUACAACUC